UCCGCCGGGUUGUUAUCACAGAGUAAGCCACAUGUGAGUUACCAUCCCACUCCAGGUCGGCCAGCGCAAUCGAACUUCCUGUGUUCUCGCAGAUACCAUAGCCUUUGAAGUCCGCUCCGAGGUAUAAAUAUGUCUGUGGAAGAGCGGCUUUUCUUUGUCAAGAGCAGCCUGUAUUUCUCCGAUUUCUCCUCGCAACAUGGUCAUGGAAUCUGGCAUUGUCACGUUUCGCCUCCCAGAAACAGUGGCAGACUGGCCUUGGCCUCGCAAAAUCAAUCCCUAUUAUGAAGAAGUGAAGGCAGAAUCGGAAGCAUGGUUUCGCUCUUUCAACGCGUUUACACCAGAAGCUCAACGUGCAUUUGAUCGCUGUAACUUCAGUUUAUUAGCUUCAUUAGCAUACACAACGGCAACCAAAGAACAACUGCGCACUGGAUGCGACUUGAUGAACUUGUUUUUUGUUUUCGACGAGUACACGGAUAACGCAACUCCAGAAGUCGUCCGUCAAUAUGCCGAAAUUGUGAAGGACGCGCUUAGAGACCCUUUCAAACCACGACCCAACGAUGAAGUUGUUCUCGGAGUUGUUGCACAGCAGUUCUGGGCUCUUGGCAUCAAAACAUCAAGUAUCACUUCUCAGAAACGCAUCGUUGAGACUUUUGGACGUUACAUGGAUUCUGUAGUGGCACAGGCAGAGGAUCGUCAUCAGUGCUAUACCCGGAAUGUCGAAGAUUACUUUGAAAUCCGACAACUUACCAUUGGCACCGACCCGUCGUAUGCGGUACUAGAGCUCGGCUAUGACUUGCCUGACGAGGUGUUUCAUCAUCCAACCGUUGUCGAACUGGGGCGCUUAGGUGGUGAGCUGAUAAUCAUUGACAACGAUCUUGCUUCGUAUAAUAAGGAGCAGGCUUCGGAGGAAUACCCCCAUAACAUCCUUGUGUGCGUCAUGGAUGAGCAGAAAUGUGAUCUCGAUAGUGCAUUGUUAUGGGUGGAAGAUCUUCAUCGGUCGAUCAAGACCAGGUUUCUAAGGUUGUGGCAGGAAAAACCGACAUGGGGACCCGGCAUAGAUAACAUCGCGUCUCUUUACCUCGACGGUAUUGCAAACUGGGUCCGCGCCAAUGAUUGCUGGAAUUUCGAAAGUGGGCGGUACUUCGGGUCGAAUGGUAAAGCCAUUCAACAGCACAGGAUGGUCACUCUGAUGCCUAAACGGUUCUCAUUGGACGAGCCACUUCUGAUACACACGCAAUAAUCCGUUGUAUUGUUACUUGUCGCAUUAUGUAUUCCGUAUUUCUGGGGCUAUGCUAGAUUUGUUUGAAUAUUUUGCAAAUAGGCACUUGCAACGACCGACAGAUUUACACGAUCCCGAGUAGUAGCGGUAAAGGAGGGGUUUGCUAUGGCGAACGACCGAGCAGAUGGCACAAAACAUCAUACUUGUAAGGAGAGGUUUGUG